AUGGAAGACGUCAAGAAAGCGACCGACUUCGACUCGCCCUUCAAACAGGGUUUCCAAGUGCCUGUAACCCAUCAAGACACGCCUGGAAAACAAGGUGACCUACCUUUCGAACCUGUCAACGACAAGCUGCCGACGGAAGACGGUGGAUGGCAGACCUACAAAGCGGCUGGAAAGCUGCAGGACAAGAAAGCCCUCAUCACGGGUGGUGACAGUGGGAUCGGACGAGCAAUUGCCAUCCUCUAUGCCAUGGAGGGCGCCGACAGUUUCAUUGCGUACCUGCCGGAAGAAGAAGAGGAUGCACAAGAGACAAAACGUCAAGUUGAGAAACAUGGCCGAAAGUGCCACCUGAUGAGCACCGACCUGCGAAAGCCUGAUAAUUGCCAGAAAGUCAUUGACGCUGCCCUGGAAAAGUUCGGUGGCAGAAUCAAUAUCUUGGUGAAUAACGCUGGCUACCAGAUGAUGCAGCAAGAUAUUCAGGACAUCAGCAUCGAACAGUGGGCUAGGACCUUUGAGACCAACAUCUACUCGUUCUUUUACCUGUCCAAGUUUGCGCUGCCGCACAUGAAGAGAGGCGAUACCAUCAUCAAUUGCGCUUCUAUCAAUGCCUACAUCGGUCGUCCUGAUCUCCUCGACUACACAUCGACGAAAGGAGCUAUUGUGUCUUUCACGCGAGGCUUGGCCAACCAGCAAAUGAGCAAAGGCAUCCGCGUCAACGCAGUCUGCCCAGGUCCUGUUUGGACGCCACUGAUUCCAGCUACCAUGUCGGAAGAUGCCCAGAAGCAAUUUACGUCACCUUUGGGCCGACCUGCGCAGCCCAGCGAGAUUGCUACAUGCUUUGUGUUCCUGGCCAGCGCAGACAGCAGCAUGAUCAGUGGACAGAGCCUACACCCCAAUGGGGGAGUUGUUGUCAACGGCUAA